AUGGCCCUCCACAAGGACCCGACAGUCCGCCUGCUGUGGAGAAGUGACCUGGAGCAGCUAAGGAAGAUCCGUCGACGUAGCCCGCACGACGACACCGAGGCUUUCACUGUAUUUCUGCGAUCAGAUGUGGAAGUCAAAGCUCUAGAUGUGUGGGGAAGUCCUGAAGCCCUUGACAGAGAGCAGAAACUCAGGAAAGUGGAGGAGAGGGAGUAUGAAGAAAAUAUUUUCCAGAAGCAGCAGUUGCUAAAGGAGUACAAAGAUUUCUGGGGAAACACGAAGCCCCGAUCAGGCAGCAAGAGGGCGACAUUUUCACAAGGGCCGGGGAAGGUUGUGUUGGUGGCCAUAUGCAUUAAUGGACUGAAUUUCUUCUUCAAGCUCCUGGCUUGGGUGUACACUGUAUCAGCCAGCAUGUUCUCAGAGGCCAUUCACUCCCUGGCUGACACCUGCAACCAGGCUCUUCUUGCAAUCGGCAUCAGCCAGUCUGUCCGGAACCCUUACGCUGUCCACCCAUACAGCUUCUCCAACAUGCGCUACAUCGCCUCGGUCAUCAGUGGCGUGGGCAUUUUCAUGAUGGGAACGGGUCUCUCUUGGUACCACGGCAUCAUGGGACUGCUGCACCCACAGCCAAUCGAGUCUCUGCUUUGGGCUUACUGCAUCUUGGCAGGAUCUCUGGUCUCAGAAGGAGCAACACUGCUAGUGGCCAUUAAUGAAAUUAAAAAGAGUGCAGGCCAGCAAGGAGUGUCCUUCUACGAAUAUGUAAUGCAGAGCCGAGACCCCAGCACUAAUGUGGUGCUGCUGGAGGACUCUGCUGCUGUGCUGGGAGUGAUCAUGGCCUCCAGCUGCAUGGGGCUCACCUCGCUCACAGGUAACCCGCUGUAUGACAGCCUAGGCUCUCUGGCUGUGGGAACGCUCCUGGGUGUCGUGUCAGCCUUCCUCAUCUACACAAACACGGAGGCCCUGCUGGGACGCUCCAUCCAGGCCGAACACGUCCAGAAACUCACAGAGUUCCUGGAGAAUGAUCCCGCUGUCCGGUUAGUCAGUGGCUGCCAUGUGUCCCAGGGUUGUUUUCAUAAGGGAAAGGGGGAUACCGAGUCAGUUGUCCAACUGAAAUUUCUUCCGCAUUUAACCCAACCCUCUGAGUCAGAGAGGUGCGGGGAGCUGCCUUAAUCGACAUCCAAGUCUUCCUGCACAAGGCCAGAAUGACAGAUUAUGUUGUCAGCUCAGGGAUUCAAUCCAGCAACCUUCCUGUUACUGGCCCAAAAUUGCUGUUAGGUCAGUGGCGCUUCAGCCUCAGGCCUCUCUAUCCCUGUACCAGGGUUAUGUUCAUUAGGCACCAAACUGAAGAAAAACAGGGUGGGA